UUUUGGCUCGGCGGCCAAUCAGGGGUCGAGUUCGGGUUUGUUGUCGGUGGUGAUGACAUGAAAAUAUUUGUUGUUACUGGAAGGAGAGCGAGGCGAGAGCGUGCAGGAAGGGCCUGGCAGGGACGCUCGGUAUUCAAGAUCGUUUACGCGUCGCACGGGUAAAGAGCAAGACGGGAGUCGCGGAGCACCGAAUAGCGGCGAUGUCGGUGAAUAUGGACGAGCUGAGACAUCAAGUGAUGAUUAACCAGUUUGUUUUGACUGCGGGCUGCGCGGCUGAUCAGGCGAAGCAGCUGCUGCAGGCGGCGCACUGGCAGUUUGAGACGGCUCUGAGCUCUUUUUUCCAGGAGGCCAACAUCCCCAGUCAUCACCAGAUGAUGUGUACUCCACGCAACACACCAGCCACUCCACCGAACUUCCCCGACGCAAUCACCAUGUUCUCCAAGCUGCGGACGUCUGAAUGUUCGGGCACCGGUGGAUCCUCCGGCCAGGUGUCCAUGGCGUGCUCUCCACCCCCACACUCCUCGGCACAGGGAUUCGGCUCUUUCUGGGCCUCGUCGCCCCCCAGUCACCAGCCGGUUUGGCUGCCUCCGUCCUCUCCCACGGGUCACCACGCGCUUCAUCAUCAUCACCAUCACAUGCACCAGCCACCCACGUGGCCGCCCGUCUCCCAGCCCACUAACGCCCAGCAGACCCCCGUCUUUUCAGCCCUGCAUGGCCAGAGAUGAGACUCGACGGUGGGAAGGCCGGAGGGAUGAAUUAGCGUGUUGUGGAAAGGACAUGGUACUCUUUGGUUCUGUUUUCUAAACGAACGAUUGCAAGAUCUUUUGUUCUUUAUAUCUAUUGUCGAUCUCAAUUCUGUUCAAACCUGGGAAGAACCACUAUAAAAACAAAUUAUGGAAGUUAAAGAGUACCCAAAAAAAUGGGAUUUUUCUUUGUUUCCUUUUAUCGGUGGAAGGAAGUCAGCCACGGACGACGAUAUGAGUUUGCAUGCGGAUGGAGAUUUCUCAUCAUCUUGUUUUUUGGCGCUGUACUCGGACUUUUUCUCCUCUGUAGCGUUGUGUCGGCAACAAGCACUCGCAAUAAAACCGCCGACUGACAAGUCACAUAUCAUGACGAUCAUGCUGUUUUUUUAUCCCAGAACCAGGAGAAAUUAGUGUUUGAAUUCAGAACAAUGAGGCCACUUUAUGACAACACAUCACAUCAUAUAUUUAGUGUAUGGACACUGAGACACUAAGUUAAGUUUGUAUCAAAAAAGUUUCAUUUUUGGUCUAUGAAUUGAAAAGAUAUAUAUAUAUAUAAAUGUUGCAAUAUUUCUGGGAAGAAUUUAUUCCGAUGACUCCAGGUAUCACAACACUGUCCAUUAUGUUUGAUUAUACAGUAAUUAAUUUAAAUAUGCAAAAUUAUUUCCUUUUGAUUAAAAAUUUUGAACUUUUA